AUGGCGCCUACCUUUGAGGACCUCAUCCAAUCACACCAGUUUACUUUCUUUGUUGGCGAGGAAGGAAAGUCCAUCGUGGUGCAUGCAGCUGCCAUUGCUGCUACCAGUCAGCAACUGGAUGCGCUUAUCAAUGGAGGAAUGGAGGAGUCUGAGAAGCGAUGUGCGAGGAUCGGAGAUGUUAGGGUGGACGAUUUCAUCCGGUUUUGCGAAUAUGCUUACCGAGGGGACUAUACGGUGCCUCCGUGGGGACAGCGUCCGUCAGAUUUGUCCAAAAAAGACCAGCAGAAUGGACAUUAUGAUGAAUGCGCACCCUUAUCGGCUAAGGAAAAGAAGAAGCGCAAAAAGUCGCAAGUCACUUUUGGGUUUUUGGACGCUCCUCCACCCAUGGAACCACCCCAACAAAGUCUGGUCGAUGAGGAUAUUCCGGCGCCAGAGACUCCUCCCAUGGAUAUGGAGUAUCCCGAUAAAAGUCGGACCCUACUACGGAUCAAGCUUAACAGCCGAAGAUACCUCAGCAACAGCAGCCCCAGAGCUGUGAUCCUGAAGGACUUCGACCCUAAACUCAACAGUGCGGCAGACCAAGAUUUCACGCCAGUCUUGCUCGCCCAUGCACGGCUCUACUGCUUUGCGCAUCUACGCCUCAUAGCCCCACUCAAAGAGCUGACCCUCCACAAACUGCACAAGACACUCAUGACCUUCAGAUUGUAUACACAGCGCGUUGGAGACAUCAUUGAGCUCGCGAGAUAUGCAUACUCGAGCCAGGAUUUGCCAGAUAGAAGCGACGACGGAACUCUCGACGAUCUGAGGAAACUAGUGGUUGAGUAUAUUGUGUGCGAGAUUGAUACGAUCGGAAGGUGUGAGGCGUAUGUCAAGUAUAUGGAAGAGGGCGGGGAAUUCGUGGGGGAUUUCUGGAGGAUGGCAAGGGACUACAUGACGUGA